AUGUGCCUCCGAGGCCACGAGUUGUGGUGCGAUGCCAGUGAGGUGGGGGGACGCGACGCGGUGGAAGUUGCAUGCGUUCAAGCAACAAGCGUGUGCGUCUGCAGUCAUGUUGGCGGAAAACAAACUAUCUCCGGUGGCCUGUUAGUUUGCCAUGAAGCGGGCGAUGGGUGCGCACCCUACAGUUUUGUUCGGGACGCUGAAGCCGUUGAGGCGGGAUGUGCCCAACGGUUCCUCAGACAUCUACGACUCCUCUAUCAUCGCGAAAAGGAUGUUGUUAAACUGGGCGAGACUUCCCAUGAUACAACCAGUAGUGCUGAGAGACGAUACAUUAUUACAAAAUAUCAUUCACUGUGCCAACGCUGA